GUACGAAUAGAUCUUACGUAAAUCUAAUUUGUCUUUGAUUAUUUUUGAAUUGAUAUGUUUUCAAUUAUCAGUUACGUAAUUGUGAGACAAAGGCAAUUGAAUUUAUCAUUAUCUAUCUCACAUAUUUAAUGGAGCAUUAGCCGUAGCUCGGCAUCAGCGUCUCACCUUAGAAAGUUGAAUAAAAAGUGUUUAGUUAAGCACAGUGCUAUAUUUUUGGUUAAGUACCCAAAGCAGUAAGAGAUCUUAUCAAAGCUUCAUUUUAUGAUUAUUAUAUGAUCAAUUAUUUAGAUACUUACGCUACAUACAUCUUAUAUCUAUGGAGCAAACACAAAUCCAUAGAUGAUAAUACCAAAACCUCUUUGCUACAAACGUUUUGGUGCAGAAUUUGAAGACAUUAUGGUGUGGCUGACGCGUCUUGUCAUUCGAAAUUGAUGGCACUACAAUACAUGGUCCAGGAUUCUAGAAAUUAAUUCAGUAAUAUGACCAGGAGGAUCAAAAUCAAAGGAAUGAGGAUCGAGUCGACGUAAACACAUCGACUCUUCCAAAUGAGAGUGUUCUAAAUUGUGUUGUGUUUGUCUAAAUGGGAAUGAAAUUAAUCCAUCAAAAUGUGUUGCAUCUUCACUUGCUGCGGUUGGGUGAUAGAUCUUGUCCAAAGAUUAUGGACAUUUACAAUGUCUUGCUGUAUCAGCUCUGCAGUUUGCUGCGUGAUGCUCACAUCGUCCAUGUCAGGAAUCGCCCUGGGUUAUAACUACUCGCUUGCUGAGUACAUCGACUUAAAGGAGACGAACGUGUCUAUCUACCUGAAGCGAGGUGUGUUCGAUGAUGAGAUAGCAGAUGAUAUGGACUGGCGUCGAGCCGGCCGUAUGCCCGUCGCCGGACAUAUUAAAUCGGAUAACCUGGUGACGGGAGCUUCGGAGGAUGAAGAAUCAGCUAAUUUAAAAUCUGGUCGAAGAUUGGAUGAUUCAGUAUUCGAAGCAGAUGAUCAAAACAAAUACGAGGGGUCCUUGAUGAAGCUCACAGCAAGGCCUCAGGUCAUCACCACGAACCCGCCAGCAUCGAUCACUGAUGACGUGGAGAUGGGUGAUACAUAUAGCAAGUUUCCUGUUGGCUCCUUAGACCACAUGAAGGCAAUACAAAGCAUAAUUGACGCAAGAAGAAACAUGGCUUCGUCUGGAACUACGUAUUCGCCCUUGGCUACAUAUAACAUGAAUAACCAAAAUUUCCCUAUGUAUCUGGACCCAAAGUUGCCCAGCGGCAGACGAAUGAUGGGAUAUUGGCCGAUAAAACCAGGAGAUGUACAGCCCGCACGAAAAGGUGUGCCUGAUGAAGGUAUAGGAGCCCGUGAGAACUGGGUUAUACCAAAACGACCUGAUUUGUUCAAUAGGCAGCAGAUGCCUGAUUACGCUGUUUUAUCACCAACGUAUCCUCCACCAAUAACCAUGAACUUAGGGCCCCGAAGGACAUCGAAAACGACGCCUACUAUGGACGUACCACCAAUUAGUUUUGCGACAAGAACGACAGAAAUGGAGAUACCGGAGCAGCCGUCCAGAUCAAGGCUGAUUGACAACCUUGAUAAAGACUCGGUACUACUGAAUGACAAGUUCUUAUUAGAAGGCGAACCACCAGGAAAAAGUGAAUUCAAAGAUAUUUAUAAAUUAGGAUCAAAACCAUCAGAAGAAGAAUAUGAAGAUGAAAUAAAAGGGCUUCCUGUUCGUAGGCGACGUAGUGUAGUCUACGAACCACUUGCUAGUAACUCAGAAGAUUCAAUAGAAUUAAGUGCUACAGAUUUAAUCGCUCAAAAUAAUACAACAGAUACUAAAAGUAAUGACAAAAAUAAUCAUAAUACAAUAGAUAAAAUCGUUACAAAUAAGUCUGGUUUGGCUAUUGAUGAGGAUUUACAUAAGAAUGAUAUGACUCUUGUAAAAGGAGUCGACCUCGUAAGAAAUAUCGAUGGAAAUGCCAAUCCCAAAAGUUCAGCAAAAAUAAGUAAGUUUAGCUUGCCGUCUGAUAUACCCAAAUAUGCUUUAGCAAAUAAAGGAGAAACUAUUGAUGAAUCAUCAGAUGAAAUUGAGAGUAAAGGUAGUAAUAUAUUACUCGAGCGUUUAAUAACAACAAGUAAAUCUAAAAUCCCACUUCUAUGGCAAGAUGCAACACACGAAGCAAAUCCUUUGACCAAAAGCAAAAAGAUCAAAAUUAUUACAAAAAGAAAACCUUUUGAACGUACAAUUGUUUUGAGUAAAUACGUGACUGACAAACCAAAGGUGUUUGAUGCCAGACAAACCACUCUCAGUACAGCAGAAUUAUUAAAUAGUAUUAGCAUCAGUUUAGGUGAAGCCGGAUUGUUAAGAAACCCAGCAUCUUCAAGUUUCGUUAAAUUGCUAGAAUCUACGUUAACGUGAUUUUUGUCUAUAAUUGUUUUUGCUUGUAAUGUUUUCUUGUCAACUGUAACAAUGUCUUAUUAUGUUUCGUCUUUGUGAUAUUUAGUAAAAUGGUUAAAUCAA